GUCUUGGGAGCAGAGGGUGCUCUAAGCAGUAGUGACGUUGUUAAACAUAAAAAAAAAAAAAUCUGGUACUUUUCCAUGAUGUAAAUUAACUCAGAGAUGGGAAUAUUAAGGCAAUUCAAACAACACACCAAACAGAAUUUGGGAAACGAUGACUGCUGUCGGAUUAGCAAGAAGAUGCAUGAGAUUAAGACACUUUGUUUAUGCAUAUUACUCUAGAGAAUGCAACACUGGAGGUGAUGCCACAAACAUUUCUCGCUGCAAGCCAAAUCAGUUUGAUAAAAAAAUACUAAAGUGGACAGGACGUUUUAAAUCGGAAGCGGAUAUUCCACCAACCAUUCCGCUGGAAAUGCUGGUUAGAGCUCGAAACAAAGCACGCAUUAAAGCUUGUUACAUUAUGAUUGCAAUCACUGUUGUAGCUUGCUUUGUGGUGAUUGUAUCCGGCAAAAAGGCUGCCGCACGUCACGAGUCAUUAACAAGUCUGAACUUAGCAAAGAAAGAAAUGUGGCGUAGAGAAGCAGAAAAGAAGAAAUGAACCCAUUCAGCAGAUUCAAAUAAAUGGAUACAUUACAUGGACAAUUAUACUUUCAUCAUAAGCUUGUUUGUUUCCACAGAGUAAUAGUUUUCCAGCUGUGAUUGUUUCCACUGCCUUUCCCCUUGCCCCCUCACCCCUUAAAAUAAACACACUUACAAUCA